UCCCUCACCCACUUUCCAACACAAUCAUCCAUGAAACAUGGAGGUCAAAAAUCCCGAGGAUCUGGUUUUCUCGUCUACAGAAACUGACACCCACUUCAUCCUCACUUCCAAUCUCGAAGGAUAUGAGGUGCAGAAGAUCGGGACGCUGAUAAAGGAAGAUACGAUUCAGAUUGCAGACGGUGGGGAGAAGGCAGUCAGGCGUUGGAUGAAGGUAUCAGUGGUGGUCGAGCCCGAAACUGGGGUUAAGAAACUCAGAAAGCAUUUUUGGAUUCCAGAUGGGGUUGUUUCGAAUAAAAUCAAGACCAAGUUCAAUGAAGAAGAAUCGGUUUUGAGUAUUCUCAUGCCUAAAUCAGUUAGAGGAGUUAGUGGGGUUGGGGUUGAGGAAGUGAAAGAAGAGGAGAUUGGUAGAUGGGGGAAUAGAAGGACUGGGCCUGUAGCCGACAAGGUUCCUGAAACAGAGAAUCCUAGAAAGAAUGAGCAGGAGAUGGAACAAGGGAAGAAAGAUGUGCCCCAACAUGAAUCAGAAGAAGUAAAAGAAGCUUCUGGGGCAACAAUUAAACAUCCGGAGGAAGAGCCUGCCCAUCAGUUGAAUAAAAGAGAGCUGGCAUCAACCCAAGAAACUCCAGCCAAAGAAGAUGCUGACUUGGAAGCAAAAGGCAGAGCAGCAGAGGAGUGUGAACAGGGUCCAGAAGCAGCUGAAUCAACAAAAGUUGAAGCAGAUCAAGUAACUCAACGAGCUCAGUUUGAAGAAUACAAUGCCCAGGCGCAGCUCAAACCUGAACAAGAAUAUGAUCAAACAGAAUACCUGAAGCCUGAUCAUCCUGAAGAAGUUCAACGAAUGGGAAAUGAAGUUCAAGCAGAAAUUGACCAAGUAAUCCCUCCUGCAGAAAAUGUUGACAACAGUAAGGGUUCAUUGGCUCCUCCCAAAAAGUCUAAGCUAUGUGGUCCAUGUAUGUUUGCAGGGUCUGCCAUCCUUGUAUCAAUUGUAGUGUUUGCCAUUCACAUUUAGUCGACCUAAAAGAAGAUGAAUGAUUUCAACUUUAUUUGGA